UCUCCUUUCUUUUACCGUACUCUCUCUCUCCCCUUGUCUCAUUGUCUUUCUUUCCCUUUUAUUUUCAACACGUAUCACCACGAGACUCUACCGACAUAGAGAUAAAAAAAAAAAAUAUCAUACAAAAGAUAUGUCGAAUCUGGUCAACCUUGAAAUCGCUGCCCUCGAUGCAUAUGGCAAAAAUUAUAUGACAUGGACAUUUGACGCCAAAAUGCAUCUGAAAGCCAAAGAGAUUGUCAAAACAAUCGAUAAAGGGCAGACGACAUCUGAAGCUGAUAAGGCAAAAGCGAUAAUAUUUAUGCGACGUCACCUUGAUGAUGCGCUAAAAGAUGAAUAUCGCACGAAAGAAAAUCCUGCAGAUUUAUGGGAAUCACUCAGAGAUCGUUUCGAUCAUCAGAAAUAUGUGAUCCAUCCUAGGGCCAAACAUGAUUGGCUGAAUAUGAGAUUCCAAGACUUUAAGUCUGUGCGAGAAUAUAAUUCCGCAAUGUUUGAAAUAAUCUCCAGACUAGAAUUAUGUGGAGAAAAAGUGUCCGACCAUGAUAAGUUGGAAAAAACCUUAUCAACUUUUCAUGCUGAUAAUGUUGUUCUGCAACAACAAUAUCGGACAAAAGAGUUCACGAAAUAUAAAGAUUUGAUUCAAGUCCUCCUGGUUGCAGAACAAAAUAAUCAACUGUUGAUGAAAAACCAUCACGCUCGUCCAACUGGGUCCACUCCAUUCCCAGAGAUAAAUGCAAUAUUUUCAAAUUAUAAUCGUUGGCAUGAUCCUGGACGUGGACGUGGACGUGGACGUGGACGUGGACGUGGACGUGGUCGAGGCCAUGGUCGAGGUCGUGGACGAGGAAGAAACCAAAGCUAUCAACCACAUGUCCUCCAUAAUGGAGGCAGUAAGAAGAGGAAUUAUCAUGGAAACGAGCAAUAUGAUACAAACAAAAGGCACAAAGAUAAUAUCUGUUAUCGAUGCGGUAUGAAUGAUCAUUGGUCACAGACCUGUCGUACACCGAAACAUCUUGUUGAAUUAUACCAACAAUCACGUAAAGACAAAGGAAAAAAUGUGCAGACAAACUUUGUAUCUGAUGUCCAUGAUGAUAGCAUCGGCAAAGAAGAAGAUGGAAUACAUUUGGAUAUCGCGGAUUUUCUUGAUCAGCCUGAAGAUGGAAAAAUGACCAACUGAAGAAAAUCGACAUGAAAUCUAUUAUCGUUUCUUUAUAAGUGUUGCACUUUGUAUUUUGUUUUCAAGUAUGUUUUAUUUUUUUAAAAAAAAGGGUUUGUUGUACGUUUUUCCUCUAGUUUUUUUUGUACUCUAACGUUCAGUUCUUAUGUUAUGUAUUAUUUCUUCUUUA